GGUCUCCUAAGCAUCAACCACCCAACAACCAUCCAUCCAGACCGACUUCUGAGUUGAAGAGGUACCUCCAGGAGGUCUUGAUCUCAGGGUUCCUGCCUGUCCCCUCCUCAUGCCUCUUUGAGGAUUGCACCGCCCUCCUUCCCAAGUCUGUGUUGGUGCUGAUGUCGGCGUUGGGGUGUGUGUGCUGCCUCACUCUUUGCUACGCUGAGUAUCAAGCUCUGGAGGAUAAUCUUGUGCCCUUCACGUUUGAAGACUCUACCCUAACUCUCUUGUUGCCGGAUGAACCUUGGCAUCAACGACUCAGCAUAACUUGUAGCUGAUGCCCGCUGGCCUGUUUACAAAACCACAUACUCGUUGAUUUGAUCUUCCUUCUUUCUGCCUCGGAUCCAUGUAUUUAGAACGAUCAUCCAGAAUUCGAACCUAUUCGGCAUGGCAGGCCAAGCCUUAGCACUCCUCAGCAUCCUGCUGCUUUGCACCCUCGGCAGAGCUCAGAAAGACAACGGCGGCAGUUGCGACUGCUUUAAAACGAAUGGCUCCACCGGGGCAUAUUUCAGUUACCACCGCUUCUUCGACUACCGGAACGUCCCUUACUCACUCACUUCAAACCCGAAGGUCCUAACGAGCGCUUCAGACUCGAGUAAUGCCCCGAACACAAGUGCCUUCUUCUCUAGAACUUCAUGGACAGCAGAUUGGGCUGCAGCGACUUGGGAUAACAGCGAUAGCAUCAACACGCCAAAUUCUGACGCAACCGUAUUCAUGAUCAACUCGCCAAACAAUGUUUACAUAGAGUCCAGCAUCGAUGAGAAUCCUGCCUAUAACACCUACCUCACUCUCCGAACAGUGCGGACGGCAGACUUCCAGUCCGCAGCCGAAAUCGACACCACAGCCCUCAACUACCACUACCUAUCCGCGCGUUACCUCGCGCGUACGGUCGGCGAUGCCGGUGGCUGUGGAGGCAUCUUCACAUGGCGGUGUCCCUCCGGCUCCUGCUCUGCAUCCUCGUCCGACGUCGAAGAAGCCGACAUUGAGAUCCUGACCGCGGGUCCGCAAACCAAGAUCCAGCUCACUAACCAACCUUCCGAGUCUGCAUCAGGUCAUUCCGUACCCGAAGCGACAAUCAAUGCCACGCUCCCCAAUGACUUGGAGUGGAGUGCAUGGAACGAGUACCGUUACGACUGGUUGCCCAACCUGAGCACCUGGUACGUGAAUGGAGUGAGCGUGGGAAGCAUCAGUUUCCAAGCGCCUAAGAAUCCCGCAGGCCUGAUUCUGAAUAUGUGGAGUAAUGGCGGGAGCUGGACGGGGAAUAUGAGUGUUGGCGAUUCAUCGUACUUGCAGAUACAGUGGAUUGAGAUUGCUUAUAACACAUCGGGUCCGGUAAAGGGCUCGAAGAUGGUGCGUGACGGACUUAAGUUACUGGGGCGGGUGGCGGAACCUGUCACUUCUCAGGUAAGCGAGCAACGAAGUCCCCACGGAGACUUUCAUCCUUCUGCUUCUCGGCCGCACGAUCGCGGAUGGCUGUUAUCCCGUGGCUCGGGCUGCCGUGUUGUCUGCAGCGUUGACACCAAUGUGACGUCGACGGGGACGCCCGUAGAGGUGAGCAUGGCGGGACGCGGGAAAGAGUGGCAAGCUACACGGCCACUAAUAGUUGUGUCAGUGUUGUUGGGUUUUUGGUUUAUGUCGUGAAAUCGUAACAAUAAACUAUCUAAGAAUAACGUUUAUACCUUGUCAUACCUAGUCCUUACUUGAUAGACUAAGAUUGAUAAAUGGGCUUCAUCGGGUUGUUAUUACAUACGAAGAGAAUAAAUUACAACAUAGGACGGGGGGAGGUUAUAAGGAGAAGUACCUAGGUAGCUCGUUGUGGACAGAAAAACUCCAAAUUUUCAAUAUUCCUAAUCAAAGAAGGUCG